AUUUGUAAAAAAAUUAAACAAAACUCAAUAAAAACCAUGGCAUUCGGUUAUUCUCCUUCCUAUGGUUCCAUCCACGCUGCGUUUUGGCGCACCCUUCUCGGGUUAUAUUGUUUAAUUACACUUGUGAACACGGCAAUCUCAACACCACCCGAAGAUCCUGUUAAAUGUGUGUCGGGAAACACGAACUGUACAGUCACAACCUCCUUAGGAGCCUUCCCAGACCGGUCCACAUGUCGAGCCGCCAACGUGGCGUACCCAACAUCUGAAGCCGAGCUUGUAUCUAUCGUUGCUGCAGCCACUAAAGCCGAACGGAAAAUGCGUGUUACCACUCGAUAUUCCCAUAGCAGCCCCAAGCUCGUGUGCACGGAUGGAAAAGACGGAUUGUUCAUUAGCACAAAGUUUCUAAACCACACGGUGCGAGCCGAUGCGAAGGCCAUGACCUUGACGGUUGAGAGUGGCAUGACGCUAAGGCAAUUAAUUGCUGAAGCAGCUAAAGUUGGAUUGGCGUUGCCUUAUGCACCGUAUUGGUGGGGAGUAACCGUGGGUGGUAUGAUGGGGACCGGUGCUCACGGGAGCUCAUUGUGGGGUAAAGGAAGUGCGGUCCAUGAUUACGUGACCGAGAUCAGGAUGGUUAGUCCUGGUUUGGUCAACGACGGGUUUGCAAAGAUUAGAGUUUUAAGCGAGACUACGACUCCUAAUGAGUUUAACGCGGCUAAGGUUUCUCUUGGUGUUCUUGGCGUUAUCUCUCAGGUGACAUUUGCAUUACAACCGAUGUUCAAAAGAUCGAUAAAGUAUGUUAUGAGAAACGAUUUAGAUUUCAAUGAUCAAGUUCUAACAUUCGGGAAAAAACAUGAGUUUGCGGAUUUUGUAUGGCUACCGAGCCAAGGUAAAGUUGUCUAUAGAAUGGACGACCGAGUAGCGGUCAACACGUCAGGCAACGGUUUGUAUGAUUUCUUGCCGUUCCGUUCACAACUCUCUCCAAUAGUAGCCACCACAAGAUCAUCAGAGGAGACGCAAGAGACAUUGAGAGAUGCGUAUGGGAAGUGUGUGGCAGCCAAAGCAAUUACAUCUACGCUGUUUGCUACCUCAUACGGUUUGACAAACAAUGGUAUUAUAUUCACCGGCUAUCCGGUCAUUGGAAGCCAAAAUCGCAUGAUGUCGUCAGGAUCUUGUCUAGAUGGUCUGGAAGAUAAAUUGAUCUCGACUUGUGCAUGGGACUCGCGUAUAAAAGGCCUAUUUAUUUAUUCAACAGGUUUCAGUGUUCCUCUCACCCAAGUUAGUAGUUUCAUCAACGACAUCAAAUCUCUUGUCAAGAUCGAUUCAAAAUCUCUAUGCGGGCUUGAACUCUACUAUGGCAUCCUAAUGCGUUAUGUCACAUCCUCUCCGGCUUAUCUAGGAAAAGAAACGGAAGCCAUAGACUUUGAUAUAACAUAUUACCGAGCCAAUGAUCCGUUAACACCGCGACUAUACGAAGAUUUUAUAGAAGAAAUCGAGCAAAUUGCAUUGUUCAAGUAUAAUGCAUUGCCACAUUGGGGUAAAAAUAGAAACUUAGCGUUUGACGGAGUGAUUAAAAAGUACAAGAAUGCGCCCGCAUUCUUGAAGGUAAAGGAGAGUUAUGAUCCGCAAGGUUUAUUCUCGAGUGAAUGGACGGAUCAGAUCCUAGGGAUCAAAGGAAACCCGACUAUAGUAAAAGAUGGAUGUGCAUUGGAGGGUUUGUGUAUAUGUUCAGAAGAUGCUCAUUGUGCUCCGACCAAAGGCUAUUUGUGUCGACCAGGAAAAGUUUAUAAAGAGGCUAGAGUUUGUACACAUGUAACUAAGUGACGUUGUUGCUUAACAUUUCAUAAAAUAAAGACCUCGGUGACAAUAAAUAUUUACAUGUUCG